UUGAAUUCUCAAAUACCCUGUCAAAAGCUCGCUUCCUAUCUGCAUCUAAGAUGUACAACAAGAACAAUCCCAACAAUAAAAUUAACUCGAAUCUUCUUGGAUACCCUGAGCCUAAAAUACCUGUCUACGUCGCAGAACAGCUGACCGCCAAAGCCAAAAGGCUGUUUUAUUUGGCACGCAUAUUUGUUAAGACGCACAACUACAACUCAUGCUGGACAACAAACGGGCGUAUUUUUAUAAAGGAAAAAGUUGAUGGAGCUUACAUAAUAGUAAAGAACGAGCAACAAUUAGAAACCCUCAGCAAGCCUAACACAGUAUGACUAGUCUUAGAUUUCAAAACUGCUACUGAUUUAAAUUCAUGCAUGUGUCAAGUAUCUGUAUUAAUCUCAUAUAUCCUUAAGUCUCUUUUUGUUCAAAUUUGCAAACUAACUGUAUACAACCAAAACAUUCACACAAUCACACAACACACACCCACACACAACUCACACUACCAAAACGAUAGGUUGAAGUCUCUGAAAUUUACUUCCCCGGUACUAAGACGGCCUACCAAAUCCCUUUUAACAACCACCAUCCCUGCUCCACCCUUAAUAUAUAUUUAUUAAAUUAAUAAUUAAAAAUGUUAGAUAACAACAUUAAUGCUUUAUUUGAUUGUUUAGACCAAAACCUUGUGUCAAACGUCUAUGUAACAACUCCUGAAAACUGCAAACUAUUUUUAGAUCCACCAGGAAAACAAUUAAAAAUACUGACUUUUAAUAUUCGCUCAAUCAACUGUAAUUUUACCGAUCUUCAAACUCUCUUACAUAGAAUAACAAUUAAUUUUGAUUUCUUGAUUUUAACCGAAUGUUGGCUAUCGUGUGCUUCUAAUGACAACAUUCCACUUCUUGAUAAUUAUACCUUCACAAAGACGUCUAAUCAUUUGAAUAAAAAUGACGGGGUUGUUGUUUACGCUAGAUCUGAUAUUCAGCACUCUACUGAAGAGAUUAACUUUAAUGGAUCUGCAUCCGGUACAUUAAUAAAAAUUAGGGAUACCACCGCCAUUGUCUCAAUAUACAGAUCACCGUCUACACAUGAUAUUGAACCAUUCCUGGCCUCCUUAGACCAACUUCUACCGUCUCUGUCUAAAUUUAAAUCUGUGAUUUUGACAGGUGAUAUAAAUAUUAAUAUAAAUCCAACGGAUCUUAACACUCUUUCACAUAACUAUUUAAAUCGACUUGCUUUCCAUGGAUACCUCCCGACCCAUGAUCUACCAACCAGAGAGAAUAGUUGUUUAGACCAUACCAUUAUUAGAUCUCCCUUCCCCUCUCAAACACUAGUCAUAGAUACCCCGAUUACUGAUCAUGCUGCCGUUGUAUUAUUACUCAACACCAAAAUUAAAUAUGACGAUCGUUCCACCACUAUUACUAAAAUAGAUUAUGAAAAACUAGACAAAGAUAUCAAUGACCUGGACUUCUCUAGCAUACAUGGUAUGACAGAUCCAGAAAUUGCCACUGAUACCUUAAUUAAUAUGAUAAAAACUAAAAUCGAUGCUAAUACAACCGUAAGAACUGUUCCAAAAAAACACAAAAUAUUAAAGCCCUGGAUAACACCAGGACUCUUAAAAUGUAUAAAAAAUAGAGAUAAAUUACAUAAAAAUUCUAAAUUAAACCCUAAUAACGAAAUCCUAAAAACAACCUUUCAAAGAUACCGAAACUUUUGCAUAAAAAUUUUAAAGAAAGUUAAAAGACAGUUUAAUAAGUUACUCUGGGAUGCUAUAAAAAGACUCACAAAUACAACAAAACCAACCUCCUCUCCAACCCAAUUGCUUAGCCCAUCCACGCAUCCUACUCAUUCAUGCAAUAGAGUUAAUGAAUUCUUUGUAAAUAUAGCCGAUAAACUUGCUAAAAACAUAGAGCAAACUGGUGCGGACAAGGUGCUUCCCCCAUCUCAGACUCCCUCAUCCACUCUCUCUUCUUUUGUACUGCUGCAUACUGAUCCCGACGAACAUACUCAAAUGGCGUUCUACAAGAUUGCUCUACUUAUCACCGUUGCCGCGACCAUAGUAGAAGGACAAAGACCAUUUUAUGCGGGCUCUAGACCAAUUGGAUAUCCGGAAAUUGUGCAAAAUGAGGAUUUGCUGUCAAACAGAUUUGGAGUCGAUGAACCUGUGCCUUUAGAAGCUAGAGGUGACAGGAACUUGGUAUACAGACUCAAGCAGUUGCCAGAAGACAAUCAACCUUUUUGGUAUCUCAAUUGGCGCCAAUACGAUGAAGCAAGGAGACAGCCGCAGUCCUGGCCGCAAAGACCGAGCUUCUUUAAUCAAAAUAAUGGCCGGAAGUGA